AUGGUGGCUGCCAUUUCAGAGAACCCAUUAGCAUCAUCAAGCUCCGAGAAAGACAACAAUGGCGUCGUACCCAAAAGAGGUAAGGGGAGACAAAUUUCUUCUAGGUACAUGUCACCUUCGCCUUCUUCUUCUUCAACAACAACAACUACAACAACAAGUUCUUCAUCAACAACUACUACUACAACAUCUUCUUCUUCUUCAAGGAGAUUUGCUUCACCUCUUCUCACUCGUUCAACGAAUUCGCCUACACCGCUUGUUCCGAAACGCUCUCAGUCUGUGGACCGUCGGAGACCCCGACCAACAACGCCGGUUCCUGAAGCGACAAAGCUUUUGGUAACUUCUACGAGGAGUUUGUCUGUUUCUUUUCAAGGCGAGGCUUUUUCUCUUCCUAUUAGUAAGAGUAAGGCGAAAGCCGCCACUCCGGAGCGGCGGAGGGUUGCUCCGGUGGCUGGAAAAGGAGAUCAGGGGGAGAACUCUCGACCCUCGGAUCAGCAUAGGUGGCCUGCACGGUCUAGACAGGUUAAUCAUUUGUCAAGGAGUGUGGAUUGCAGUGGUGGUGGUGGUGGUGGUGGUGAUGGUGGGGAGAAGAAGAAGGUUGUUGGGAAAGUUGUUCGUGCAUUGCAACAAUCAAUGGUUAUGGAGAGUGGUAGAAGAAGAGCUUCAUUUGAUGGAUUAAGUGGUUUGAGUUUGGAUUUAGGGAAAACUAGUACUACUCAAUUGAAUGAACCUUGUUUGAAUUUGAAUUCGAAUUCUGAUGUUAAUGCUUCUGAUACUGAUAGUGUUUCAUCCGGUAGCAAUUCAGGAGCACAUGAUUCUUCUUCUCUGGGGGCGCUUAAGGUUCCGAGGGAAAAUCGUGGCAUUGUUGUUUCUUCGAAGUUUUGGCAGGAGACUAAUAGCCGGUUACGCCGGUUGCAGGAUCCUGGUUCACCUAUGUCAACUAGUCCUGCUUCGAGGGUUAGUGUUCCAUCGAAGAAUUCUCAGUUGAAAAGGUAUAAUAGUGAUGGUCCUGUGUUGUCGCCUCGAACUAUGGCUUCUCCUAUCAGGGGAAACGUGCGGCCUGCUUCGCCUAGUAAACUUUGGGCGUCGGCUGCUUCCUCUCCGUCAAGGGGGUUUUCCAGUCCUUCAAAAGUGAGGAGUGCAGUUGCGAGUUCCAUUAAUAGUAACUCUGGUAAUUCGCCUUCGAUUCUUAGCUUCUCUGCUGAUGUGAGGAGAGGGAAGAUAGGGGAAGAUCGGAUAUUUGAUGCACAUACUUUGAGACUUCUUUAUAAUCGGUAUGUGCAAUGGCGGUUUGUUAAUGCCAGGGCUGAUGCUACCUUUAUGGUGCAGAAACUGAAUGCAGAGAGACAUUUGUGGAAUGCAUGGGUAACAAUCUCCGAGCUUCGGCAUUCAGUCAUACUUAAAAGAAUAAAGCUGGUACUGCUGAGGCAAAAGUUGAAACUCACUUCCAUUCUAAAGGGACAGAUUUUGUAUUUGGAAGAAUGGGCCCUUUUAGAUAGAGACCACUCCAGUUCUUUACUUGGAGCAACAGAAGCUUUGAAGGCCAGUACUCUCCGUCUUCCGCUUGUCGAAAAAGCAACCGCCGAUAUACCAAAUCUGAAGGAUGCUUUGGGGUCCGCAGUUGAUGUGAUGCAGGCAAUGGCGUCCUCAAUAUAUUCUCUUUCGUCAAAGCAGGUGGAGGAAACUAACUGCUUGGUAGCGGAAAUUCUAAAGGUAACCUCGAAAGAAAGGUAUCUGCUUCAACAUUGCAAGGAUUUUUUGUCAUCCUUAGCAGCCAUGCAGGUGAAGGAUUGUAGCCUAAGAACGCAUAUGUUACAACUUUCUCGCGUACCAUCGGCUUCCUGA